UACAGUCAAUUCGCAUCCUUCUCUCUCACUCCUUUUCCUUCUCCCUCUUCCUCUCUCUCGCUCUCCGGCAGAGUAACCUGAAAAUCUCUCGUAUCAAACUCUAAUCCGAAUUUUAAUCUCCUCGACUUUUUUCGGAGCCAUGGAUGAUGAAAUCACCGGAAGUUUCCGCCGAACGUCGAGUCGGAAUCGGAAGGUCGCUUCGAAGAUGGUCGCUGCCCUCGCCAGCAGCGAUAAUCGCUCACAGGCAGCAAUUGCUCGUCUCGAGGCUUUGGAGAAUGACAAUGCUGGAGCGGAAAUGGUAGAGAUAAAUGAUGACAGCGAUGCUUCACUUGAUGAUGAUGAAGGGUACAUGCAGAAAAAACAGUCCAAGAAUACAAAGCGGAAAACCAGGCAGGCAAAAGCACUUGAGAACGCAAGGAAGGCCCCAAGAACGUUCAUGGAGCUGUUACAAGAAGCAAAUCUCGAAGCCUUGCCUCCACACGUGCCAUCCUAUCUGAGGGCUGCUGUGGGCCCCCCAAGCUCAACAUCACGUCGCCAUUUCUGCACUGUCUGCGGGUUCACUGCCAACUACACAUGUGUGAGGUGUGGGAUGCGGUUCUGCUCGUGCCGUUGCCAGGUCAUACACACAGACACUCGAUGUUUGAAAUUUGUCGCAUGACCUGGUGCUUCCGUCAUGGUUUGUAGUAUAACAAUGCUCAACCCUGAGUAUCUACUGUUCGCUUGGGUUUUCCGGUUUGUACAGUUGCAGCAUCAUCCAGUGCUCCAAACCACCGAUAUCAUGGGCCCACUGUCGAUUCCCUGACCCCAGAUUGGAAGAUUCCAGAACUGAAUGUUUGGCCUUUC